AUGACACCGAUACUCAGCUUCACCUGGUUCGACAAGGAUCGCAUGCCCACUCCUAGGGAGUGCCAGGCGGACAAUGGUCGCAAUUGUGUCGCGAUGCCCGAAGACCGCAAGGCUGAACGGGAACAGAAAAAGUUUCAGUGGCUCUCCAUCGACGUCGACUUGGGAUACCUCAGCUUCUACAAGGACUGGGGACCGCUCAAUAUGGCCAUGUUUUAUCGCUUUUGUUUGCACGUAGCUUGCAUGCACUUGGUGAGUUUCGCUGGCUAUAUGCUGGCGUGGAGCAGACUGGGCAGUCCAGAGAGCUAAGGCAGUUGACCACGCGCCGCGCAGGAUCCGGAUGAAGAUCAUCUCGUGCUGUACACCUCUUCAGAUCCACACAACAAGGCAAACGCGGCGUUGCUUGCUGCCAUGUAUGCGAUGGUCAUCGAGAGGCUUUCCCCUUGCGAUGCCUUCCAUCCAUUAGCUGAGGUGGGUGGCAUUGCCUGACUUGGUCCUUCUCGGCAGCCUGAGCUAACGCACUUAGCUCUGCAGCUUGAGUUUGAGCCGUUCAGAGACGCUGGCUAUGGACGAGCCGAUUUCUGCCUCACAAUUCAAGACGUGCUGUACGGAUUCCACAAAGCACGAGAGUGCGACGUCUUGCAGCUCGAGAAUUUCAAUCUGGACGAGUAUGAGUGGUACGAAAGGGUAGAGAAUGGUGAUUGGAACUGGAUCACGCCCAACAUCAUCGCUUUUGCGUCGCCGAACGACAAGGGGUGGGAAUCCGGCUUGAAGUUGCCGCCUGCUGAGCGCGAGAAGAGAACCAACGCUGCUUUCACCCGCUCCAUCAAGUACUUCAAGCAGCAUUCCGUGGGUGCAGUCGUCAGACUCAACAACCCUCUGUACGAUCGCGAGGCGUACGAGCGCGUUGGAAUCGAACACUACGUGAGUGCGGCAAGGCCAGACUAGUCCUCGUGUAGGGCUCAUGUCAUUCGCCAUUCGAAUGCAGGACAUGUACUUCGACGAUGGCUCCAAUCCUUCCGACCAGAUUCUACGGGCUUUCAUCAAGUUGGCCGAUGAGACUGUGAAUAAAGGCAAAGUGAUCGCAGUGCACUGCAAAGCCGGACUCGGCCGGACGGGUGUAUUGAUUGGCGCCUACCUCAUCUGGAAACAUGGCUUCACCGCUCAAGAAGUCAUUGGAUUCAUGCGCAUCAUGAGGCCCGGAUGUGUAGUUGGACCCCAGCAGCGCUUCAUGUACGAGAACUUUGUCGAGUGGAUUCGAUGGAGUACGCGCGAUAUCGCACUCAAGGAAGCGAGGGAAGCUAUCGAAGCAGAGAAAGAGGCACUGAAGAAGCAAGGCUUCGUGGAAGGGAGGAAAAGUCGCAAACGUGGUGCGGAAGACGAAGCGGACGAUACAUCAACGUCUACCGAGGAGCGAGAAGAGCGUGCUGUGGAUGGACUUGUCACGCCCCGUGCCAAGAGGACACUUGCGGAGGUACCAAGCAGUGUAGCACCAGCGAUCAAGCCCACACCUUGCGUGGGACAACCUCGAAAGAGCCCCAAGUCGACCAGGAAGCGUCAGGCUACUGCGCUCCGGCACGUGCCUUCCAUCGGCGCGCUGACGCAUGACACGCGCACAAAGAGCUUGCCGGACCCUGCGGAGGCUGAGGCUGCAAAAAGCACCGCUGCUCCUGUGACGGGCUUCAUGCCCAGGUCUGUGAGCGACGAGAGCCUCAAAGCGCUUGCUGAGAAUAUCAGCAACCAUUCUGGCAAGGCACCGCCUACGCCCGGCCCCUCUGUACGCCUGGAAGCUGCUGGCACAGGCAUGCGCGGAGGCACGCCUCCUUUGGCACCUUCUACACCCGGCAGAGUGUUGGGCGAAGCUCACCGCAUCAACAUGCAGGCCGGGCACGGUGGAGUAGUGCCGAUGGGACUGUCUACGCCACCUAACCCGUCCGGCAGCUUUACAAAGAUCAAAGCUGCGACAGUCGGUCGUCCCGUCAGGACACACCAUGAGCGAAGCCAGAGCACGAUUGCAGCUCCCACCUUCAUGGUCGAUGAUGUAUUUACGGAUGCACCGCCUUCUGCGCACGCUUUUGCGCCUCCGUCUCCAUCAGCUGGUGGUGCGCGGACAGCAAGCGCUCGGAUACCGACUUUCCGCGCAAGUCCUCAGAUCAAGACAAAGUAUGGUCUGCGCGAUACGAGCAAAGACCAUGCGUCGGGGUCGAGCAUAGAAGCGGAAGAUGGUGCGAGGUCAAAGACGUCAUCAGCGGAUGGCGCGGGGAACGGCAUUGUGGAUAGAGUUGGCAGCAGUCAGACGUCGGAGACGAGCGCCAGCAGUCGUGCGUCUGCGCAAAGAUCCGCAUCCGGUAGCUCCGCACGAAGGCAAAAGAUGUCUGGGGCGACUCGCAUACCGAGCGGCUCAAGCAGGACGCGGACAAACGGCACGGCGCAAUUAUCUGUCAGCGCGAAGCGCGCAGCGCCGUCGUCGUCUUCGCAGCAGCAGCAGCAGCAGCAGCAUGAGACGUGCAACGUGACUGGGACAAAUGGACCUCGAUCGGGCGUUGCGCGCGUCGCUGCGGCUACCAAGAGACUCUACGGACCGACCGUCGCAUCGCUGGCAAGAUCUCGAGGUGCUGAAGCUCCUGAUUCGUCCUCAUCCUCUCGCGCAUCCUCGGCUGCCUCUUUGACUGCAAGUCCUCAGCUCUCUGCAUCCAGCAGGUCCGCGAGCCGAACGCCUAGCGCGGUCAAUGGAGCUGUAAGACUCGGACGAGUGCGACCGCGAAGAAGCAGCUUCAGCGAUGCGGACCUGCAAGUUUGA